AUGAACGCUUUUUUAACUGCAUUUAAACAAAAGCCUCAGGAAAGCAAACAACGUUUAAAAAAUUCAAAACAUAUCCCUUGGGUUGAAAAAUACCGACCAAAAACAAUCGAUGAAGUCGCAUACCAAACAGAAGUUGUCAAUGUACUUCGAAAAUGUAUUGAAGGAUCUGAUCUACCAAAUCUACUAUUUUAUGGGCCACCAGGAACUGGGAAAACGUCUCUGAUAAUGGCUUUAGCUCGCCAAUUAUUCGGCCCCCUUUAUUCAGAGCGUGUUUUAGAACUGAAUGCUAGUGAUGAACGAGGUAUCAGUGUUAUUCGACAGAAGGUGAAAACGUUUGCCCAUAUCGCUGUUAGUGGUUCUAACUCUGGUUCUGGCCAGCAUAAUAUUCCACCGUAUAAGUUAAUCAUCUUGGAUGAAGCUGACUCUAUGACAGCACCUGCACAGGCUGCUUUACGUCGUACAAUGGAGACUGAAAUGAGAACAACUCGUUUCUGUUUAACGUGCAAUUAUGUGACACGUAUUAUUGAGCCAAUUACAAGUCGUUGUGCAAAAUUUAGAUUUCGUCCAUUGGACAAUGAAAUUGCUCGUGCUCGCUUACGACAUAUCUCCGAUGCAGAAGGCUUAUCUGUUACUAAUGAAACAUUAGAUCAUUUACUAUCGCUUUGUCAUGGUGAUCUACGUCGAGGCAUUACAAUGCUACAAUGUGUCCAUCAGUUAAUCAUGUCAUCUGAUAACUCCUGUGAUACAGAUUGUCACCCAUCAAUCACACCAAAGGAAUUAGAUGAAGCAGCAUCUGUUGUACCUAGUGACUUAAUUAAACAAUUUAUGAAAACAUCAGAAAAUGGUAAUUUCGAUGAAUUGCAAGUUAUCAUUAAAAAUAUAUUGUUGGAGGAAUGUUUGGCUCUUGCCGAUUCUCGAUUAAUCGAUGGAGCUGAUGAAUAUCUUCAACUCUUGGCAAUUGAGGUACCCUUUUAA